GAAGGCUACCAGGCGACGAGGUAGCCUAUUUCCGGGGAGGAUUUUCAGGUUUUUGUCGUCCGUAUUUUCAAUCAUAUCGGUUGCGAAUGAAAACAAAGACAUAAAUGCAUCAUAAAUAUGAUGCUCAGGCUUACAGAGGAGCUUCCGCCGGGCCUGUGAGUGCCGCCUCUUCGGGGGAGUCCACUGUCUGAGUCCGACCUGACCCGCGACACCGCCAGGCGAUGACAGCGGCUACAGCCACCCCGCAGGUGAUGAGAGACCGGCUGCUGCAGGCCAUUGACGGCCAGAGCAAUCAGAUAUGCAAUAUGGUGGUAGUUAUGGAGGUGAUCUCCUAUUUGGAGAAAUAUCCAAUCACCAAAGAAGCACUGGAGGAAACUCGUCUUGGCAAGCUUAUCAAUGAUGUCCGCAAGAAAACCAAGAAUGAGGACCUUGCAAAAAGGGCCAAGAAGCUCUUGCGAAACUGGCAAAAGCUUAUCGAGCCAGGCAAGGGUGAAGUGUUAUCCAAAGGACACACUGUUGCAUCAUGGUCUUCCAAUGGUUGCAUCUCCUCUCCUGCUGUCACCACACCAUCAGGUAAAACCGGGACAGAGUUGAAGAACAGAAAUGACUUCAACAACUGCUCCACCCCUGGGAUGGAAAAACCCAGCAACAAGAAACGGAAAGGUGGCCAGAAAGAAGGAGAGCUUUUGCCAGCCAAGAUAUCAAAAACAACUCUUAAUGAUAAAAUACAAAACGCCAAACAGCUGCCAACCAAUGGAAUUAGCGGUUGCUCUGAGAUUUUUACAAAUAUGCAUUCACAUCAGCCUUUAGAUAGGGAUGUUUCUGAAACUCUGGACAAUGACAGGCUAAGUAAAAUCCCAAUUAAUGCUGUAAAACCUCAUCCAAGUGCCCCAGGAUACAUCAAACCUCCAAGCACUUCUUCCUUGCUAAAAACAUCUGUCCUGCAGCAGCAAGCUAGACAGGAGCAGGUGGCCUCUGGGGGGCAGUAUCGAACCAGAAGCCCACGCAGGUCCUCAAAGCAGGAAGUUGGUUUUAAACAAACUGAGUUACAAGCACAGAGGCAUGGGUCUUUUGACACCUCUAUGUCAGAGUCUUCCCUUCAGCCUUUUAAUAAUUGUGCUCAGGGUUUGUGGUCUGCAGAUUUGGACCCUAAAAGCAGACACGACUCAUGCACCUCAUCUUUCAGUGAUGGUAUCACUUUGGAGGAUGAUAGUGCUGUAAGCAAUACAGGGAAAAGGAAAGGACUUAGUUCCAGGCCUAAGGACUGUCUUGAGAAGUCAGAUGAACAUACUGUAGAAGAAAGCACUAAGCCAGUCAGGUUAAAAGACAGAAGGCUGACCUUUGACCCUAUUACAGGACAAAUCAGACCCUCCUUUCUCAAAGAGCCUUCCUGGGAGGAGGCAGUCCCAUUGAGCCACAAACCUGAAUCUCAGAGAUCAGAACCACUUAAACAAAAUCCACCCAUUCCCCCCAGUCCCUUCCAGCAGACAGACUGGAAGGAGCUGUCAAGGAGUGAAAUCAUCCAGUCAUACCUGAGCCAGCAAAGUAACAUGCUAACAUCAUCCGGCACAAACACAUCCGGAGCACACUUUUUUAUGGCAGAGUUCUUGAAAAAAGAGGAACACCAAAUUAAAGAUGCCAAGAUGACACACACGCUUGCACCAGAACUCCCUGCAAGGGAUUUACCAGGAAUCAGCAGAGAGAUUUUCAGUGAAGAUCUGAACAGAUUACACACCCAACACUGGCCUGGAGUUAACGGUUGCCAUGACACAAAGGGUAAUUGGUAUGAUUGGACAAAGUGCAUCUCAUUAGACCUGCAUGGAGAUGAGAGCAUGUUGAACAUACUGCCAUAUGUCUGUCUGGACUGAAAUAGAUAUUUUUCUCAAUUGGAAGUUGUAAGUUUUCUCUAUCAGCUGAGGAACUCUGCAUGUGUGGAGGCACUUGGAUUUUAGGUGUCUAGCUCCGUAAAUGGAAAAGUGGGUCAAUGUGCCGCCUGUAUUUGUGUAUGUGGAGCACGGGGGUGUUAUCAGUGUUCUUCGAACAAUGUAUCAGGUCAGGAAGAAAAAAGGCUAUGCAUCAUCUGACCAUCAAGUUGUCAGUGUUGAGUUACUGUACAGAUAGAGUUUCAAGACGUGCCAUUGUUUGUUUGGGACAGGACAUUACAUUACACUGUUCAAGGACAUUUAAUUCAACCCAUUUGUUGUUAUUAGAACCUGACUUUCCCGCAUCUAGUAGGGUUGUCACAAUACUAUAUUUUUAGACGCUGAUACAAAAAUAUUCUUAAGCAGAAGGCACCCAAUAUUACAUAUAUUUUAUUUAUAAUCACCAAAAAUUUCAAACAAACUUCUACAUACAGCUGGAAUUGUAGAAACAAACAUUUUGGCAUUGAAUACUUUGAACUCUGUUAUUUGCCAACCUGUGAAUUUAAAACACUUCAAAAAUCUGACAUAAAAAAAUCUCAGUGUUGAACAUUCUGACAACUUUUUCAUCUACCCACAUUAUAAUAGUGCAGUAUUUCCUGAGUUUAUGUUUUGUUUAAUGUUAAAAAAAUCACUUUCACCUUUAAUUAAGAGUCUAAACUGCAAAAAUCUCAGGCUACCUCUAGCAAUAUCUCUCUGUUAUUUGCUAAUGAGUCUUAAAUGAGCCUUUGGACCAAUAAGAUAAUGCAAUUAGAAUAACCAUCUGUGCAAAUAUUAAGAUUUUAAGUCAUGAAAAAUCAUCCAUCUUAUCAAGGCACCUGUGAACCAGGGAGAUGUACCAUGAAGCAAGAUUAAAGAGCAAGUUGAGUCUGUUGAGCCCAAAGUCAGAGUUUUCUGUAUCAUGACACUGAUUGUCUUUUAACAAGGCUAGAUUGUCAUGGCUCCUGACUGUAAACUCCUGAUCAGAACGGUAUCAGGGUAUGUUCAGAGUUAUGGCUUAAAAUAGUCUCUGUCCUCUCUGUGGACACUAUGGAUGUGUUCUUGAUAUGCAAUGGUGCUUUUGUAAUGCCAGAGAACAAAGCCAUGCAGUAACAAUAACGCCUUGGCCAACUGUAUGUAUCAGAUCACAGAACCACUCACCUGAAGCCCUGUCUCUCUCCUCUCAUGUUAACCUUUUUGUUUCUUGUCAAAUUUACACAUGCAUUUUCAGCAGACCGCCCCUGUGGUAAAAGCACUCUGAGAAGAUCUUAAGAAAGGCGUAUAAUUUUACUUGUUUCGUCGAAAUAUCCUGAAAAUCCUGUGAUAUGGCUGGUUUUGCAAGAAAUGCAGGUCAAAUUCAUUAUUGUUUUUCAAAUUCAUUUUUAAUAGGUCUGUCAGAGAUGAUGCAUUAAUCACAACAUGGUUAGUGUCUAAAAGGUGCACAUUAAUUGUUUUGAAAUGGCAUAAUUAGCUAAUUUGGCCACUGUAGUUAAACUACCAUAGAGGGGCAGGAGCUGCAUACCACUCACAUCUUCCUGCUCUCACAGCAAUAGAAAAUACAGACACUGCUGUGACCUAAAAUUUUUACAUUCAUUUAAAAAAAAAAAAAAAAAAAAAAGCAACUUGCAGACAGCUCAGGUGACACGUUAGGAGUAAUCUGAAGUUGUGGUCUCAAAUAUUUUACUUUUUAAAAUAACCCUUCUCUCUAUUUUGAAUUACUUAUCUAGCUUUGGCAAGUCCCUUUUUCUGUGGCUUGUUUCCAAUCUACCAGAAGUUCCUCUCUGUCAAAAUAAAAGCCAUUUUUUAUCUGAAUGGGAAGCACCUGAGAUGAAGACGCUAAAAGUAAAAGCAUAACAGUGAGCAGGUUUUUUUUUUUUUUAGAAAAUCCUUAUCUUUAUCAAUAACCUUGGUGACUUGCAAAGCGAAAGAAACUAAACAGGAACUCCUAAAAAGGUCAGAUGCUGCCAUGUUAACUGGGGAUUGUCUGACUUCUUUUGGUCAUUUUGUACAUGCACUUCUGCACAUUUUUUUUAUGUAUGACAGUGUUAGUGUGUUUGACAGAAUGAGCACCUCAAGGUUCUAUCGUACCUCUAAGUCAUGUUUCAGACCACACUGUUGUAUCAGUGCAGCACUCAUUUACAAAUGUUAAAGUUAAGAUCAUCAAAUAUAUCUCUUGAAUUCAUUUGAUUCCCAAGUUAAAAUACUGAUAAGAGUUGCUUAACAUUUUCAGUAUGGACUGUAAAAUGUGUGUUUUGAAGUACAAAAUAAAUUUUAAAUCUGCAAUUAAAAAUGCAGAUAAUUGUAUUUGACUAUCAGAACCCAGCAUUUAUUCAUGAUUCUCAAAAUGUUUAAGAGUGGUGCCAUGUGUUGGCUAGUUGUCGCAUCAAAAGUAAACGACGAGCACCAGCUUUUCAUGGGAAACCAGCUAACUGAUUAAUGUGUUAUGUCUCAUUUCUUCCUUGCAGCAGCAGUAAUGUUUCACGGCAGUAACUUGUAUGUAUUUAUCUUCGUCUCAUAAUUUUACUCUGAAAGAAACAAUUGUAAGUGACCGUUUCUUUUAGUGUGAGAUAACUUUCAAAAAAACACUCCCUUUUUUGUGAGCGCGCACACAGACUGAAGCAUAAAGCCUAAACCUAGAAAAUUCAUAGUCAGCUUCAUGAUACCUGAUGUCUCUGACCACAGCUUUGAGCUUUGUGAAGCCCGCUUACUCAUAGAAGUCCUGGGCCAGUUAAGCUUGCCUCAUGGUAAACCCCUCUGCUGUUUCAGAAGAGCACAACUGUCUUUUGCAGAGACUUGCAGAAAGAAAAACACAGAUUUGUUUCAAAACAUUUAAAUAUUGUUCUUGUGCUGUGAGAUUUGAAUGCUGUUAAAUUAAGCAACAUGAAACUGCCAGAUGUGACUGGGCAGUGUGAAGUGAGAGAGAGAGGCUUGUACUGGCCUAGAACAAUGCACACAAAGAGAGAAAUGUGGCUGCCAUGUAACAUAUUUAUUUACAUUGACAUAUUCACUUUAAGUUAAAUUUAUAUGUGUGUUUUUGGACUUCCUUGGAUCGUUUCUUGUUAGAUUUUGUCAUUCAGAUUUGUUUGGUGAUGUUGCAGCCACUGUCCUGCUGAUAAUCCCAACAUGUGUAACACAAGAAAUCUUUCAUUGAGUUAUUUUAAUAAUGUGAACUAAUUUAAUUCUUACUUACAUUUCCUGUUACUGUGUAAUUAGUUGAUAAAAUAUGAAUUAAAAUGGCAGAGCAGUUUAUGCUGCUAGUUUGCAUCUUUGUACUGUAAGGAGCUGUGAUCUAAAUUAACAUGCUGGAUAUAGUACUUAAUAUCAUUCCUUUAGAUAUUGUUCGCCUUAUGGAAACCUGUGUUUUCCCUGAAGACAGAGCCUUAGUGAAUGUACAGGAAUGAGCCUUUUGUGUUCAGUUGAACACAGAAGAGAACAAAUUUGCUACUUUGUCCUUUAAAUGGACAUGUUGAUAAGUGUUAAUAAAAAAUGAAUUGUGA